AGAAGGCGCCGCCGACCGGGCCAGUGGCGCAUGCGCAAUUGUGCCAUCCCUGAAGGGGAGCCAGAGGUGGUGGUGGGGAGUUCGAGUCCUUCGCUGUCGGGAUGUGGUACGAGAUUUUGCCCAGUCUGGGCGUCAUCUAUGCCUUCCUGGUCAUGCCUGGAAUAGCUCUGACUUAUAUCCAGAAAAAGUCAAGCGGGGACAAGCCAAAGAGGAUUGUUCGGACUCCCAAUAGUUUUUUCAUGAUGGAAAGAGAUGUGCGUGUCUCUAAGACCAAUCGCUACUAUGAUUCUAAGGUUAGUUUGACUUCUUUUUGAAAGCAGUUCAUAUGC